AUGUCAGACCCCACCCGCCUCGACCGAGCCACCCAGAUACCUGCAGCAUCCCGCAAUCUCGCUCUCUGUCCCUGGGUGUCCAGAUCCGGCCGUGUCUAUGAGAGAGCGGACGCGGACGCUCUAUGGCCAACCGUAGAGCUGGAGGAUAGUUUGGAGUACGUCGACGACGAGUACCUGCUGCGGUUCGUGCUCACUCAGAUCCAGAAGUCGAAUGUCAUUGUCCAGAUUCGGGCGCAGCAUUAUAUUAGACCCAGGUGUCUGUCGAUUCCUUCUGAUAUGGUUUCGGAUUCUUAUGCGGUGAUCCAGGCUGAGGCCGCUAGGAGGGUGGAGUGGUGGAUUGAGCAGGUUAAGGCUGGGACGGCGUGGCUUGACCGAGAUGUGCUUUUUGGUCCUCGUAGAAGGAUGAGAAGGGCGAAUUAG